AGAUUAGAGUAUCUCGUGCACUGGAAAGGUUAUCCUCGUGAAGAACGGGAGUGGUUGCUAGCUUCCGAACUCAGAAAUGCACCUCAAGCCAUUGCCGACUUCCAUCGCAAACAUCCUGCAGCACCACGCCCUAUGCCAACAAUGAGGUUGCGUUUCCAGGCACUCGAAAACUUAACUGUACCAACACAAGUGCCAUGUUGA